AGCUCCUUGUGCGGCGCCAUUUUAAGCCUCUCGGUCUGUGGCAGCCGCGCUAGCCCGGCCCCGGGAGCGAAGAGAGAGGGGAGGCGGAGACUGAGCAAGGUCCGAGGAGCAGCUCCGGUCCCCGUCGAGCCGCCAACGCAGGCCGAGGACGGUCGGACUCCCGCUGCGGGAGGAGCCUGUUCCCCUGAGGGUCGCUGAAGUACACCAUACUACCUUUUUGAAAAUCUUGCGUGGACAAUGGCUACCCAAGCUGAUUUGAUGGAGCUGGACAUGGCCAUGGAGCCAGACAGAAAAGCAGCCGUCAGCCACUGGCAGCAGCAGUCUUACCUGGACUCUGGAAUCCAUUCUGGUGCCACUACCACAGCGCCUUCUCUGAGCGGUAAAGGCAAUCCUGAGGAAGAGGACGUGGAUACCACCCAAGUCCUGUAUGAGUGGGAGCAGGGGUUUUCUCAGUCCUUCACGCAAGAACAAGUAGCUGAUAUCGAUGGACAGUAUGCAAUGACUCGAGCUCAGAGGGUGAGAGCUGCUAUGUUCCCUGAGACGCUAGAUGAGGGCAUGCAGAUCCCAUCUACACAGUUCGAUGCUGCUCAUCCCACUAACGUCCAGCGUCUGGCUGAACCAUCACAGAUGCUGAAACAUGCUGUUGUAAACUUAAUUAACUACCAAGAUGAUGCAGAACUUGCCACACGUGCAAUCCCUGAAUUGACAAAACUGCUGAAUGACGAAGACCAGGUGGUGGUUAAUAAGGCUGCAGUUAUGGUCCAUCAGCUUUCUAAAAAGGAAGCUUCCAGACACGCCAUCAUGCGUUCUCCUCAGAUGGUGUCUGCUAUUGUACGUACCAUGCAGAACACAAAUGAUGUGGAAACAGCUCGCUGUACUGCUGGGACCUUGCACAAUCUUUCCCACCAUCGUGAGGGCUUGCUGGCCAUCUUUAAAUCUGGGGGCAUUCCUGCCCUGGUGAAGAUGCUUGGUUCGCCAGUGGAUUCUGUAUUGUUUUAUGCCAUUACAACUCUCCACAACCUUUUACUGCAUCAGGAAGGAGCUAAAAUGGCAGUGCGUUUAGCUGGCGGGCUGCAGAAAAUGGUUGCCUUGCUCAACAAAACAAAUGUUAAAUUCUUGGCUAUUACAACAGACUGUCUUCAGAUUUUAGCUUACGGCAAUCAAGAAAGCAAGCUCAUCAUUCUGGCUAGUGGUGGACCUCAAGCUCUAGUGAAUAUAAUGAGGACCUACACUUAUGAGAAACUACUGUGGACCACAAGCAGAGUGCUGAAGGUGCUGUCUGUGUGCUCUAGUAACAAGCCGGCUAUUGUAGAAGCUGGUGGAAUGCAAGCUUUAGGACUUCACCUGACAGAUCCAAGUCAGCGCCUUGUUCAGAACUGCCUUUGGACUCUAAGGAAUCUUUCAGAUGCUGCAACUAAACAGGAAGGGAUGGAAGGUCUUCUUGGGACUCUUGUUCAGCUUCUAGGCUCAGAUGAUAUCAAUGUGGUCACCUGUGCAGCUGGAAUUCUUUCUAACCUCACUUGCAAUAAUUAUAAGAACAAGAUGAUGGUGUGCCAAGUGGGCGGCAUAGAGGCCCUUGUGCGCACGGUCCUCCGUGCUGGGGACAGGGAAGACAUCACCGAGCCUGCCAUCUGUGCCCUUCGUCAUCUGACCAGCCGGCACCAGGAGGCUGAGAUGGCCCAGAACGCUGUUCGCCUUCACUACGGACUACCUGUGGUGGUUAAACUCCUACAUCCACCAUCCCACUGGCCUCUGAUCAAGGCUACUGUUGGAUUGAUUCGAAAUCUUGCCCUUUGUCCAGCAAAUCAUGCGCCUUUGCGUGAGCAGGGUGCCAUUCCACGACUAGUUCAGUUGCUGGUUCGUGCACAUCAGGAUACCCAGCGUCGUACAUCUAUGGGUGGAACACAGCAGCAGUUUGUGGAGGGAGUCCGCAUGGAAGAAAUAGUUGAAGGUUGUACUGGAGCCCUUCACAUCCUAGCUCGGGAUGUUCACAACCGAAUCGUUAUCAGAGGACUAAAUACCAUUCCAUUGUUUGUGCAGCUGCUUUAUUCUCCUAUUGAAAAUAUCCAAAGAGUAGCUGCAGGGGUCCUCUGUGAACUUGCUCAGGACAAGGAAGCUGCAGAAGCUAUUGAAGCCGAGGGAGCCACAGCUCCUCUGACAGAACUACUUCAUUCUAGGAAUGAGGGUGUGGCAACAUAUGCAGCUGCUGUUUUGUUCCGAAUGUCUGAGGACAAGCCACAGGAUUAUAAGAAACGGCUUUCAGUUGAGCUGACCAGUUCUCUCUUCAGAACGGAGCCAAUGGCUUGGAAUGAGACCGCUGAUCUUGGACUUGAUAUUGGUGCCCAGGGAGAACCUCUUGGAUAUCGCCAGGAUGAUCCCAGCUAUCGUUCUUUUCACUCCGGUGGGUACGGCCAGGACGCCUUGGGGAUGGACCCCAUGAUGGAGCAUGAGAUGGGCGGCCACCACCCCGGUGCUGACUAUCCAGUUGACGGGCUGCCAGAUCUGGGGCAUGCCCAGGACCUCAUGGAUGGGCUGCCCCCGGGCGACAGCAAUCAGCUGGCCUGGUUUGAUACUGACCUGUAAAUCAUCCUUUAGGUAAUAAUGAAGAAUUACCCACCUGGAUUUGGACUUCAAGCACAGAAGUGUGAUUCAUUUGGAGCGGGGAAUUCCUUCAACUCCACUUUGAACUGAUAAUUAAGACGGUUUACCUGUCGAUGUUUAUCUGAACAUAAUCAGAGCGAACUAGAAUGGGCCUUCUUCCAUUGCUCUCUGCCAGGUGAGCCUGUCAUCCUGGUGGUAGGUCUGACAAGUUUUUAGUUCAUCCCUGAGGGCAGAGUCAGUAUACCUGUUAGAACUUGUGUUUUGGGGCUUUAAAAAGAGUGAAAGUGUUUGUACUGAGAGAGAGCUGUUUCUGAUUGACUGUGUAUUUAAACAUGUACUUAGUUCCAUGUUGUUGGAUGAGGACCCUGUAUAAAAGCUUUAUAAAUUCUUCCCUGUGGUCUAAUUGGGAUGAGAGGGAAAACAUUUGUGUAUUUGGUGAAGGGGCAGUUCUGCUCCCAGUGCGUGACGCAGAGAACGGAGGCGGCACAGCAAGAACUGUUAGGUCAGAGUGCAGAGCUUGGUAGUGAGCUCAGCUUCUAACAGAAAGAACCACAGCAGGGUGUUCUAUUUAAAGAACUUCUUUAAACCAGAAAAUAUUUCAGAGCUCUGCCUAAAAUCAUCAUAGUUUUGAAGUUCCAUGUAAAAACUUAGUAUGAAGGUUAAUCUGAUUCAGCAAAGUAGCUCUGCAGUGUACCGAAAAGGACAAAGGGACAGGAACAGCCAGGACACUUGUGAAAAAUGAGAUAAGGGGACUUGUUCUAUAAGCUGUUAAGGCAUGACUGCGAAACUUGAGGUAAAGCUAGAGGUAGCGAACACAUUAUUGACCGGAGAUGUAGCAACACAUUUUUAGAGAGGGACAGAAUUAACAUCACUGUCAGAAACUGUUAGAGCAUACAACUUAAGAAUGUCACUAUUCACAUUUUGUUCUGUUCGCUUUUUGUUCCAACUUUGUGUGUAUUAUAAAUAUAAAAUUUUCAAAAUUUUGAGCAACAUAUAUACUAGUGUCUCAGAAGAUGAGAGUUCUUCAGAAUAUAGUUCUGAUUCAGACAAUGUAAAUAUACCAGCAAAAAACCUUAGUGAUUGAUUCUGAUACAGAAAGAAGAAAGAAAAAAGAAAACUCACGAUUCUGGAGAAUGCGUCUUUGCUUCUGCAGAAAAAUGGUUUGAAGACAACAUUUCACAAAAAUCAGAAGACUAAAGGUGUGUCAGGUGGAACUACUGAAUGUAAUAACCUUCAAAAUGUUAGUGAAACAACAGAAUUUUAGCCAGUCAAGAGAAAAAUUGCCAGCCAUGGGUGUUGUUAGUUGCUGAAAAAAAAUCACGUGAUCAGUAAUGAGUUAAUAGUGCUAUUGGCACAUGAAUAGAAGUGUACACUAAGGGAACAGAAUAAAGGGAACAGAAUAAGAUAGAAGUGUACACUAAGGAAACAGAAUAAGAUGAAGACAAUAGACGCCUGCAAGGUAGCACAGGAGGUCAGCGUGAAAAAGAGGGACUUUUCAGUAAAGUGUGGAACAGGUUGGCAGCCAUUUGAAUAAAACUGAAGUUAAUACAGGAAAAAAAAAUCCAUUAUUAAAGUAUAAAAGCCCACACCAGACGCCCAUGUGUCCAGUAACUGCAAGAGAACAGCCACAACGCAGUAUAACACAAUGGUAUGGGUGUAUCUCACAUUGAUACUGAGCAAAAAACAAGUCACCAAGGCAUGCCGUAGGACUGUAUAGGUGCAAAAAAGGGGCAACUAUCUUAAGCAAACCAUCCAGAGAUGGUAAAAUGAAAAAAAAAUUACCAAAAAAAUCAGAAUAGUGAUUUAUUACCUGGAGAUGGAGGUGCGUAGGAUGUUUGAUCCCAUUGCAGUGACCACCACUGAGCUGAAAAAUAAAGCUUUUUCCAUGUUGGAGGAGGUAUUUGAGACCUGAGGCUUUGAUCUGGAAAUUUGACUCCUUGAUAGUGAAAGAUCUUGAGGUAAAUGUGCUCUUGCAUUUUUGUCUUGAUUAGUGUAAUAAACACAGAAGAUCUGC